UUCCUUCAGAUGCUGCAGUUUAUUCUGCUCGAUUUUCUUCGUUUCCCCAACGAUACCCUUCCCAAAUCCUCUCUGAGGCUCUUUCGAUCUCAUGCUAACAAGCAUUCUCUAAUGGCUCAGUCUCAGAUUGGAUAUUUGGUUCCGCUUAUGCAAAAUCUUGUCGAAGACGCUUCAAUCCCAAAGCUCACCCUCUCUGAGGGCGCAAACUUGAUUGGCCGCAACAACCUCCCAGUGCCCGACAAGCGGCUCAGCCGCAAGCACAUCACUCUAACCGCUUCCGCCGAUGGCUCCUCCGCCAACUUGUUUGUGGAGGGUACGAAUCCCAUUGUGGUCAAUUCCGGGAAUAAGAGAAGGAAGUUGUGUUCUCAAGAAAGCGCUACCAUUUCAGACGGUGCUAUUAUAGAGCUGAUUCCAGGGCAUCAUUUUUUCAAGUACGUAUCGUCGGGUGGUGACGAAAACGCACCUUUGCGUCAGACCCAUAAGAGGAAUGAAGCAAGAGAGUUCGGUAAAGGAGAGGAACCAUGUCGAAGGAGGCCGCAUCAAACAUCUGAACGCAUAUCCUUUGGUACCAAAUCUCAGAUUGGAAAUUCAGGGCACUCCCAGUCUAAGGGAGAGAGUAAUGAGAUGGCUAUCCGACAUUUUCAUGUCUCUAAUGAUAAGUUACCUUGGACUUUUCGGCUCUUGCAAGUGAAAGAGCUGCCAGCAUGGGCAAACACCUCUUGUGUUUCAUUAAGUGAUGUGAUUCAGGGGGAUAUUCUCAUCGCUAUCCUUUCAAAUUACAUGGUAGACAUCAACUGGUUGUUACCCGCAUGUCCAGCACUUGCAAAAAUCCCUCAUGUAUUGGUAGUUCAUGGAGAAGGUGAUGGCACAUUGGAUCAUAUGAAGAGAAAUAAGCCUGCAAACUGGAUUCUGCAUAAACCACCCUUACCUAUUUCAUUUGGGACUCACCAUUCAAAGGCCAUGAUUCUUGUCUAUCCUAAGGGAGUGAGGAUUAUUGUACACACAGCAAAUUUAAUAUAUGUAGAUUGGAACAACAAAAGUCAGGGUUUGUGGAUGCAAGACUUCCCAUGGAAAGAUCAAAAUAGCCCAAGCAAAGGGUGUGGAUUUGAAAAUGACUUGAUUGAUUAUCUCAGUGCCUUGAAGUGGCCUGAAUUCUCUGUCAAAUUACCAGCCCUUGGAAACUUCAAUAUCAAUCCAACUUUCUUUAGGAAGUUUGAUUAUAGCAAUGCGGCGGUCAGAUUGAUUGCAUCUGUUCCUGGAUAUCACAGGGGUACCAAUCUGAAGAAGUGGGGACACAUGAAGCUACGAACUGUUCUCCAGGAGUGUACUUUUGAUAAAGAAUUUAAAAAGUCCCCACUUGCUUAUCAGUUCUCUUCCCUCGGUUCUUUGGAUGAGAAGUGGCUGGCUGAGCUGGCUUCCUCCAUGUCAUCGGGCUUCUCAGAAGAUAAGACACCACUUGGUCUUGGGGAACCACGCAUUAUAUGGCCUACUGUGGAAGAUGUCAGAUGCUCUUUAGAGGGUUAUGCAGCUGGAAAUGCCAUUCCAAGUCCACUGAAGAAUGUGGAGAAAGAAUUCUUGAAGAAGUAUUGGGCAAAGUGGAGGGCAGGCCACACCGGUCGCUGUCGUGCAAUGCCACAUAUAAAGACAUACACCCGGUAUAAUGGUCAGCAACUUGCUUGGUUUUUGCUGACUUCAGCAAAUCUUAGCAAAGCUGCCUGGGGAGCCCUCCAGAAAAAUAAUACCCAGUUGAUGAUCCGAUCUUAUGAGCUGGGAGUGCUAUUUUUACCAUCUUCUACUGAAAGACACGGUUCUGAAUUUUCUUGUACAAGUAAUGGUGAUGUAAUGGAGGAUAAGAGCAGAUUAUUAGAAAAUUCUGAAGUACCAAGAACGACACAAGUUACCCUAACUUGGCAAGGAAGUAGGAAUUCUGACCCAACAUCUGAAGUAAUUCCAUUGCCUAUACCUUAUGAACUCCCUCCUCAACCAUACACUCCUGAAGAUGUACCCUGGUCUUGGGACCGGCAAUAUACUAAGAAAGAUGUUUAUGGUCAAGUUUGGCCACGACAAGUACAGAUGUAUUCUAUUCAAGAUUCCUGACAUCUUUAAUGUAUAUACAAGGAACUCCAUUAGUGUUUCUUUCUUUUUGGUUCUCGAUCUUCAUUUGAUGUGUAUCAUAAAAUGGGGUCGUCGACUCCAUGAAUCUAGAUUUGUACUCAUUUUAGAUGAGUUUUUCUAUUUUUUUUUUUUUUAUGCAUAAA